AUGAAGACUGUGAUUGUGGUGCAUGGUGGCGUGUGGGCCAUCCCGGACAUGUUAGCCGAAGCAUCUGUGGCUGGAGUCAAGAAUGCUGCGCAGGCAGGCAACGCUAUUCUUAGGAAUGGUGGGACUGCAACUGACGCUGUAGAAAAAGCUGUGAGGUAUUUGGAAGAUGACCCAACGUUUGAUGCAGAUCAUGUCAUGCUGACAGAUAGAGGAGCCAGCAUGUUUGCGGAGCACAUUGGUAUUCCAGUAGCUAAUGAUUUGGUGACUGAGCUGGAACGUAAAGACUGGGAACAAAGCAACAGCUAUCCUGACGGUGUCAAAAAGUUUUUCAACACACAGUGGAGCCAUGAUACCAUUGGAGCGGUGGCUCUGGACUCUUUGGGUAAUGUGGCUUGCGCUACAUCCACUGGAGAAAUCAGAAACAAAAUGGUGGGAAGAGUCAGAGAUUCUCCUAUUAUAGGAUCUGGUGGAUAUGCAGACAAUAGAAGUGGAGCGGUCUCCUGUACUGGUCACAGAGAGUCUAUUCUCAAAGUCACCUUAGCCAGAUUAAUCCUCUUUCAUAUGGAGCAAGGGAAAUCAGCCACAGCCGCCGCCUCACUUCAGUACAUGGGAGAGAGAGUGAAGGGAUGCGGAGGAGCUAUUGUUGUGUCCUCCACAGGGGACUGGGCCGCCAGCUUCACCACACCACGCAUGGCUUGGGCCUCCAUUAAAGAGGACGUCCUGCACUACGGGUUAAAUCCCAAAGAAGAUUUCACAGAGAGGCUGAAAUGAUAAC